AUGGAGCCGCGUUCAGACGAAGCGAGAGUACUGGUGAUAUACGCAGGCGGGACCAUCGGAAUGCUCAUUAGCUCACGACUCUCACGAGGUUACAUUCCCGAGCCUCAUUUCCUCACCGACAUCCUGCGGAACCAACAACGCUUCCAUGAUCCUUUGCAAGGCUCUUUCUCUAAUGCUGCCUAUACCAAACGCACACGAUACGCAAUCCUUGAGUUCAUCAUUUUGACCAGGACAGAUUGGACCCGUAUAGCCGCAGAGAUCGAGCUAAACUACACGUCCCUUGAUGUAUUUGCGGUACUAAAUGGAACCGAUAUAAUGUCAUAUUCAUCUAGCGCAUUCAGCUUCCUGUUCGAGGAUUUCGGUAAAACUGUAUGGGUGCUUCAAUCAGAUAUCAUAAUGAGUGCUCCUUCUAUUCCAAGGUCUCCAUUGCUCAAACGGUAUCGAUUUUCUCUCCAGAAGCAUCCACCUCGAUCAACGCAACAACGAACCACUUGUGCAAAGUCUUUCAUGGAAUUGGUAGCAAAUGGAGCAGCACCCUUGGUAACAUUGCGCAUUGGAAAACAUAGAUACAGUCAAAGCGACAAGAACAACGAGGAUCAAGGAGAAACGCGUUGGGCUAAAAUGCCGGCAUACCGUAGGAUGAUACCAGUUCCGAAGGCAAUGGAUCACUUCCUAACGCCUGACGAUCACUCGAAGGAACAACGUUCACAUCAGCCACCUAUCGAAGGUAUUCGGGCCAUAGCAAUAGCACUACACAGAAGGCGCGGAGGUGGCUGCGCGAACAACCGAACGAUCGCGAGGGACGAACACCAACAGGCAAACGGAAUGAUGCAGGCCAGGGGUAAAUGA